AUGGACCGUGGUCCCGAGAGCCCAGAGAUUUACCUACCAGAUCAGCACCUGUUCUUUCGAAUCGCCAUUCUCAAAAUGAAGUUCGCCGCCGCCAUCAUCUGCCUCUUCGCCGGAGUCGCUCUCGGCACUCCCUUUGAGCCACGGGCGCCGGCGUGCAUUUGCUGCAUGAAUGAACGGCCAUCGUGCGACGAGGGCACGGUUAACACCGGCGGCCCGGGAUGCUGGGGAGAAUGCAUCAGUAUUUAA